AUGGAUGGACUAAACGCAUCCGAGCAGCGGGAGCUGGAGGGGAGGAUGGAGAAGAAACAAAUGAAAGAUAUGAUGACGAUGUACUCUCGACUCGUCCAGCGGUGUUUUGAUGACUGCGUCAAUGACUUCACGACCAAGUCGGUGACCUCGAAGGAAGAAAGCUGCACGAUGCGGUGUGUCGACAAAUACAUGAAGAGUCAGGAACGGUUGGGGCAGCGAUUUCAGGAGCAAAACGCCGCGAUGAUGCAAUCAGGACAAUUACCUGGGAAAUAA